AUGAAUCCGUCGGGAUCCCUGGUGAUCCUAGAGGAUAAGGAGGAGGAACACUUAACCACUCCGAUUCUCGGGCCCUCGAUCCAUUCCGAUAACCCUCAGGAGCGGAUUCAGGCCCGGCGCCUCCGCAUCGCGGCGCGCCUGGAUGCCCGGAGGCGGGAAGCGCUUGGAGAAUAUUUAGAUGGGAAGAAGGAGAGUGAGGAGGAUCAAAGCAAGAGCUAUAAACAGAAAGAAGAAAGCAGAUUGAAAUUGGUUAAACUGCUGCUCUGUGGCACCGAGUUGGUGACAAAUAUCCAGGUGGCUACAGACAUCAGAGAGAUCCACAGGAGAGUUGAAGAAGAGGAGAUCAAGCGUCAGAGGCUUGAAAAACUGGAGAAUGAAGUCAAGACCAGCCAGGACAAAUUUGAUGAAAUCACUGUCAAAUGGGAGGAGGGCAAACAGAAGAGAAUUCCCCAGGACCUGUGGGAAAUGCUGAACACGCAGCAGGUGCACUGUGCUGGGCUGAUAGAAGACAAGAACAAGCUUAUCAACGAUUUACAGCAGGAGUUAAAAAUAAAGGAUGACCAGUACGUGAAGGAUUUGAAGAAGCAGUCGGAAGACAUCUGUCUGCUCCUGGAGAGGAUGGAGGAACAAGUGAAGAGCGUAAUGAAAAGCUUUCGUCAGGAGCUCAACCACAUUGAGAAAGCAUUUGAGGUGGAGCGGCAGGAGCUCCUGACCAGCAACAAGAAGAAAUGGGAGCGGGCGCUGCAGGCUCACAAUGCCAAAGAGCUGGAGUACCUUAUGAACCGGCUCCAGAAAGUCGAGGACUACGAGAAGCAGCUGAGCAAGCAGAGGAUAUGGGAUUUCGAAGAGUACAACACGAUUAAGAUCAAGCUGGAGCAGGACGUGCAGAUUCUUGAGCAACAACUUCAGCAAAUGAAAGCAGUUUAUCAGCUAAACCAGGAGAAGCUGGAGUACAACUUCCAGGUGCUGAAGAAGCGAGACGAAGAGAGCACAGUGAUUAGAUCCCAGCAGAAGAGGAAGAUCAACCGCCUGCAUGAUAUAGUUAACCAUCUGAGAUCAAAAUAUGCCAAGCAGAUAAAGCAAUUUCAGGAGGAGAACCAGUCCCUGACCUCAGACUACAAACGCUUUGUGAUACAAUUCAAGGAGCUGCAGAAAGCCAUGAGGCAUUUUGCUCUUACUGAUGACAAGAAGUUUCAGGAGAUUUGGCUGAUGAAUGAAGAAGAGGCGAAGGAUCUGAUAAACAAGGCCUUUGAUGUAGACAGGAUCAUCCACACCCAUCAUAUGGGGCUCCCCUGGACGGCACCUGACUUCUGGUUUCUGAAGAACGUGGGGCCCAUAUCUCAGCAGCGGCAGAAAUCCGUCACACAGAUAUUAGAAGAAGUGCUGAUGCACACAGAAGAGGAGAGGGCGGGAGAGGCCAGCUCAGAACCAGAGUCUUACCUCGACCUGCCGAAGCAGGUCUCAGCGGACACGACCAGGAAGAUCCUGAUGCUGCUGUGUGACGAGUCGGGCUUCCUCAUCGAGAGCAAGCUGCUGAGCCUCCUCCUUCCCCUGGAGAAGAGCGAGCGCUACCUGCUGAGGCUGGACGCCAUGUUCUCAGCCCUUGGAAUCGAAAGCGAGGAUGACUUGUAUAAACUGGUGAACUUCUUCCUUAAAUACCAAGCUCAUCAUCUACCCUCCAGCCAGGUGAGUGAGGUAUCAACCCCUGGCAUCUGUCACUCCCUACAGGAGCAGACAAGCCCAGUGUCAGCCUUGGAGCCAGCAGAGCAGCCAGACCUCAAGGGAAAAGAGGAGGAAAGUCUUGUGGAAGAGAAGGAGUCCCCCUCUUCUCCCAGGCUCAUACACCCCAAUGAUGUCCUUAAGAUUCUGGAGGCCUUUGUCAAGGGUCUGAAGAAGCCCAGGGACUUUCGAGCACCAGUGAAGUUGCUGAAGGAUGUGCGAGAUAACUCCAAGGACUCCGAGUACUGGAAGGCCCUGGCCACGGUUAUCCCUGACACCACGCAGAACCUCUGGGAUAGUCUAUACACAGCCUUGGAGAAAUACCACCUCAUCCUGACCCAGAGGGCCAAGCUGCUGCUAGAAAACGAUGAGCUGGAGCAGCAGAACUCAGAGCUCCAGAUGCUGUUGCAGCAGUACCUAGAUGCCAAGAUAAACUCGGAACUGCAAGUUCCUCCGACUCAGGUGUUCCAGAUCCCCACAAAGUCGAACCAGAACUGAAAUCGUGCUGUUAGAGCGGACCGUGUUGGUGUUGGUGCCGGAGCGCAUAUGUGAC